AUGCGUGGUUGGGUAGGACAGUAUAAGAAACCACCACAGUAUCCUACUACUAAGCGGAAGACGGUAGUACUGCAAAAUCCUUCUAAGAUGAGGGGAAGAGAUGCGUCUCUCGUAAAGCCAAUGUCGUUUGGAGUGGGUUCGUUAGCCAUAGGGAGUGCUCAUUGUCCGCAUGCGCCUCCAGGUACAGGUUUAGUUGCAUCGAACUUGGUUUCAAUCAAGGCGCAGUUGCCGCCAGUAGAAAUUCAUGUCCAAUACGAGGGUGAAUGA